AUGAACAACGUUUCUCCCUCUUCUGUUCGCAUCUCUUUCGAUCGUCCACGGUCGUGGGAGGGUAACCCCUUGGGUCACCCAGCGACGAAUGUCACGUUGAGUGCGGAUGACACGAGGCCGGGUGUCCUCAAGAUCCGCGUCGCUUCCUUCUGGUUCAACGACCCGAAACCCGUCCCGACCGAGGGCCGCACCGACCUCAACAUGAAAGAUUACGACGAAGCCUCUCGAUUCUUCAUGAUUGCCGAAACCAUAGAACUAUUCUUCUCGAACGCCGACCAUCAGUAUCUUCAGGUCGCCGUUAAUCCGUGA